UUGUCCCUUCGCGCCCCGAGCCACAUCCUGGCGCCCGGCGCCCCGCGCGGCAGCCAGCGGGGACGGUGCGCCCGGCCUUGGGCCCGAGGGUCGCCCUGCGCCCUCCCCGGAGCCCGCGCCUCGCCCGCGCGCACGGGCCGGGCUGCGUCUCGGCGCCCCGAAAGUUUUCGGUGCCGGGAGGAAGUUGAACCUUCGGGGCCUCUCGGAGAAAGCAGCCCCGGAGGCUGCGGGGGGUCCGGGUGGCCAUGGAGGAGCCCCCUCUGCGAGAGGAAGAAGAGGAGGUGGAGGGGGAGGAGGAAGAGGACGGCGAGAGGGACGAGGCCGGGCCCGAGGGGGCCCUGGGCAAGAGUCCCUUCCGGCUGACCGCCGAGGACGUGUAUGACAUCUCCUUCGUGGUGGGCCGCGAGCUGAUGGCCCUGGGCAGCGACCCCCGGGUGACACAGCUGCAGUUCAAAAUCGUGCGCGUCCUGGAGAUGCUGGAGGCGCUGGUGAGCGAGGGCAACCUGACGGCCGAGGCGCUGCGCAUGGAGAGGGACAGCCUCAGGAAGGAGGUGGCAGGGCUGCGGAGAGAGGGCCCGCCGGCCAGCGGGGAGGUAAACCUGGGACCAGACAAAAUGGUGGUUGACCUGACAGAUCCCAACCGGCCCCGCUUCACGCUGCAGGAGCUGCGGGACGUGCUGCAGGAGCGCAACAAACUCAAGUCGCAGCUCCUGGUGGCGCAGGAGGAGCUGCAGUGCUACAAGAGUGGUUCAGAAAGAAGAUGGAUGGACAGAUGGACAGACAGUGGCCUGUUUCCACCAAGAGAAGGCCCAGGAGGAAGAGAAAAAGAUGCUCUGGUUACCAGGGCCAGCAAUGCUGACAGGAACAAGGAGGAGAAGACAAUCAUAAAGAAGCUGUUCUUCUUCCGGUCGGGGAAGCACACCUAGAUCAAAGGCCGUGACUAAGCAGCGCUGCCAGACUCCAGGAGACAACCCGCCAGGCGCCUUGUAAAGCUGUCCCUGUGCCACAUGGACAUUGCUCAUCUGCUCCCGCCUCACAGCACAUGGAGGAGGGAGGUGAUGAAGGUCCCUUGGGAUCACUUUCUCCCCGGCUGCAGAACUGGACACCCUUGAAGGUGUGGCCAGGGCUCAAGUGAACCAGCAUAAAGAAUGAAGAAAGCACAAGGAAUGUGCACGGGGCCCACCUCCUGCUCCCACUUCAACACCCCCAGCUGCAGACGUGUGUGUGUGUGUCUGCGUGUGUGUGUGUG